AGCAUUUUAAAUGAAAGCAGUGCCAAAUCCUCCAACUCAGCAACUAGCGGAAAAAUACAGUCUUUCCUGAAACUUGAUAGAGGGACUAUAAAAACCCAUCAGAAGACAGAAACCGACUGUAAAAACCGACUGUUCAAGAUGAGCGACAAGGUCCCGGAAAAGAAACAGGACCAGAAACAGGACCGAUCCCUGAGGGUCCAAAUCCUCGUUUACCGCUGCAUGGGCAUCGACCUCUGGAGUCCCACAACCGCCAACGACCGCACAUGGCUCACCUUUGUGACCAUGGGCCCGCUCUUUCUCUUCAUGCUGCCCAUGUUCCUUGCCGCCCACGAGUACAUCACCCAGGUGAGCCUGCUCUCCGACACCCUCGGCUCCACCUUCGCCAGCAUGCUCACCCUGGUCAAGUUCCUGCUCUUCUGCUACCACCGCAAGCAGUUCGUCGGGCUGGUCUACCACAUCAGGGGCAUUCUCGACAGGGAAAUCCGUGUUUGGCCAGAUGCUCGGGAAAUCGUGGACGUGGAGAACGACAGCGACCAGAUGCUCAGCCUGACGUACACCCGCUGCUUUGGACUGGCGGGUAUCUUUGCGGCCAUCAAGCCCUUCGUGGGCAUCGUGGUGUCCCUGAUUCGCGGCGACGAGAUUCACCUGGAGCUGCCCCACAACGGGGUGUACCCAUAUGAUCUCCAGGUGGUCGUGUGGUAUGUGCCCACCUAUCUAUGGAACGUAAUGGCCAGCUACAGUGCUGUGACCAUGGCGCUCUGCGUGGACUCGUUGCUUUUCUUCUUCACCUACAACGUGUGUGCCAUCUUCAAGAUAGCCAAGCACCGGAUGAUCCACCUGCCGGCGGUGGGCGGCAAGGAGGAGGUGGAGGGCCUGGUCCAGGUGCUCCUGCUGCACCAGAAGGGUCUCCAGAUCGCCGACCACAUCGCCGACAAGUACCGUCCGCUCAUCUUUCUGCAGUUCUUCCUGUCGGCCCUGCAGAUCUGCUUCAUUGGAUUCCAGGUGGCGGACCUGUUCCCGAAUCCCCAGAGCCUCUACUUCAUCGCCUUUGUGGGCUCGCUGCUCAUCGCCCUGUUCAUCUACUCGAGGUGCGGGGAGAAUAUCAAGAGUGCCAGCCUGGACUUUGGCAAUGGGCUGUACGAGAGCAACUGGACCGACUUCUCGCCGCCCACCAAGCGAGCCCUCCUCAUCGCCGCCAUGCGCGCCCAGCGACCUUGUCAGAUGAAGGGCUACUUCUUCGAGGCCAGCAUGGCCACCUUCUCGGCGAUUGUCCGCUCCGCUGUGUCGUACAUUAUGAUGCUGCGCUCCUUUAAUGCUUAAAAAGGACAUAAAAAAGUGCUCAUGGAGGGAAUAUAAUAUGCAGGUGGGUCUGGUGACAAAGCAGUUUAAAAAAUAGGC